AUGGCAAUGAGAUGUUCAGAGCUGUUUCUGAGUGACGUGAGAAAUGACAUUGUUAAUAUGAUGAAACAUGCCUGGGAUAAUUAUAAGCGUUAUGCGUGGGGAUUAAAUGAACUGAAACCCAUAUCUAAACAAGGACAUUCAAGCAAUUUAUUUGGUAACAUUCAAGGAGCAACAAUAGUAGAUGCCUUGGAUACGCUAUAUGUCAUGGAAAUGAAAGAUGAAUUCAAAGAAGCCAAAGAAUGGGUGGAAAAAAACUUAGAUUUCAAUGUGAAUGCUGAAAUUUCAGUUUUUGAAGUGAACAUUCGUUUUGUUGGUGGACUGCUUUCAGCAUACUACCUUUCUGGAGAAGAGAUAUUUCGCAAAAAAGCAGUGGAACUUGGAGAGAAAUUGCUUCCAGCAUUUAACACUCCCACUGGAAUACCUUGGGCAUUGCUUAAUAUUAAAAGUGGGAUUGGUCGAAAUUGGCCCUGGGCUUCUGGAGGAAGCAGUAUUCUGGCAGAAUUUGGAACUCUGCAUUUAGAAUUCAUACAUUUGAGCCAUUUGUCUGAAAACCCAAUUUUUGCUGAAAAGGUAAUGAAUAUUCGAAAAGUUCUAAACCGACUAGAUAAACCAGAAGGACUUUACCCUAACUAUCUCAAUCCCAGCAGUGGUCAGUGGGGCCAGCAUCAUGUCUCCAUUGGAGGGCUUGGAGACAGUUUUUAUGAGUAUUUGCUCAAGGCAUGGCUGAUGUCAGACAAGACAGAUGAAGAAGGCAAGAAAAUGUAUUAUGAUGCUGUUCAGGCCAUAGAGACCCAUCUGAUCCGGAAAUCUAGCGGAGGUCUGACAUAUAUUGCUGAGUGGAAGGGUGGCCUGCUCGAGCACAAAAUGGGACAUCUGACUUGCUUUGCCGGAGGCAUGUUUGCACUGGGUGCAGAUGGAGCUCCUGCCGACAAAACAGGCCAUCAUAUUGAACUUGGUGCUGAGAUUGCCCGCACUUGUCAUGAGUCUUACGACCGCACAAGUAUGAAACUGGGGCCUGAAGCUUUCAGAUUUGAUGGGGGUGUUGAGGCCAUUGCGACAAGGCAAAAUGAGAAAUACUACAUUUUGCGACCUGAAGUUAUAGAGACCUACAUGUAUAUGUGGCGGUUCACUCACGAUCCAAAGUACCGGCAGUGGGGUUGGGAAGCCGUAGAGGCACUGGAACAAUAUUGCAGAGUAGACGGUGGCUAUUCUGGCAUUAGAGAUGUUUAUAGCAACCAUCAAAGCCAUGAUGAUGUGCAGCAGAGUUUCUUCCUUUCAGAAACACUCAAGUACUUAUACUUGCUGUUUUCUGAAGAUGAUCUUCUUCCAUUUGAACACUGGGUCUUCAACACUGAGGCUCACCCUCUACCAGUUCUUCAUGGAGACGAUGAGAAGAAGGAAGAAGAGGAGAAAUAAAAUAAUGUUUAAUUUUUAGGUUUUGCUUCAUUUCUUAUGUUUCUUUCCAAUACUUGGGCACAUGAUUUGGUUUUAAAUUCCUGAGUUAUUUUGAGUUUUUAAACCAACUGUUUUGCAGUCUGUUGUGUUUACUAGUAAAUAUUCAUGAAUGGACCUAAAUUCAUUACAGGAAGACGUUUAAUCUUAUUUAUCCAACCAAACCAUUUUUCUCAAGAAAAUCUGACAUCUCUAGAUUUCAUUAGGCUGCAGUGUCACCUUUGCCAAAAACAAUAGAAAAGUCUGCAUGUUACUUUCCUAAUACCUUUUGAUUUGACUGCAAAAAUGUUUCCUCCUCUGUGAGGAGAUGUCUGCUUUAAGCUGUAAUAUUUUGCCAUGUUGCAAAAAGCCAUAUUGAAUUAAGUAUAAAAAGCUUUUUUCUUUUUUGUUCUGUGUUAAUUUGUUUUGUCUGUCUGUCAUCUGAGACACAUCUUUUAACUGUGACAGCCUCUUCUUAUGCGGGUCUAUCAUUAAUUGGUAAAAUAUCUUCUGAAGUAUUUCAUUAUCAAUGAAGUUUACAUAGGAAUAUUUUCAUCUCUUGCAGACAUGAGUCCAUCUCAAACUGCAGUAUAGUUUGAAAUGAAUCUAAAUCAGUUUUACAUUAUAUUAGUGGACUGUUCCUCAUUUGUGAAAAAUCUCACCUCAGACUGUUUAAAAUAUUACAAACUGAAUUGUUUCCUUCCUUUUCUAAUUAGACUUGCAGUUCCAUAGUCGGUCUGGUAUGAUAAAAAUAAACAGUCUGCAAAACUAGCAUUGUUGUACUAUUAAAAAAGGGAAUCUUA